UAGGUAGGCAGAGUGAACACCUAGUAUUUUGACGUGUGCCGGGGUCCUCGCAUGAGGGAGUGUUUACAUCGCGUCACAGCAGUUUGUCGAGGGGAUCAAUUUUAAAACAUCAGCAUCAUGUUCCACGGGAUACCAGUGACAGGAGUUGUAGGAGGAGCUCCGGCCAACAAACCUGAGUUAUAUGAGGAAGUUAAAUUAUACAAAAAUGCAAGGGAACGAGAGAAGUUUGAUAACAUGGCAGAGUUGUUUGCUGUCGUCAAGACCCUGCAGGCCUUGGAGAAGGCUUACAUCAAAGACUGUGUCACACCUAAUGAGUACACAGCUUCCUGUUCUAGACUCUUGGUUCAGUAUAAAGCUGCAUUCAAACAAGUGCAGGGAUCUGACGUGGGCUCCAUUGAUGACUUCUGCCGGAAGUACCGACUCGACUGCCCACUCGCCAUGGAAAGGAUUAAGGAGGAUCGGCCAAUCACCAUCAAAGAUGACAAGGGCAAUCUGAACCGCUGCAUUGCAGACAUUGUCUCUCUCUUCAUCACUGUGAUGGACAAGCUGAGACUGGAGAUCAGGGCCAUGGAUGAGAUCCAGCCAGACCUGAGGGAGCUGAUGGAAACCAUGAACAGAAUGAGCAACAUGCCUCCAGACUCAGAGGCUAAGGACAAAGUCAGCCUCUGGUUGACCACCCUCAGCAGCAUGUCGGCCUCAGACGAAUUGGAUGAUAAUCAGGUGCGCCAGAUGCUGUUUGACCUGGAAUCGGCCUACAAUGCCUUCAACCGCUUCCUCCACUCCUCAUAAAAAAUCUGUCCACCCUGGAACCAUGUGUCUGACUUAAAAACCUGCUAAGUUAAAAUAAUCUCUACUUCAUCUUUUUAUGGUUAUUGUUAAGGAGAGGAUUUGUCUGGGAACAGGUUUACUCUCUUCUGAUUCUCCAUUUAUAUCCUUAUGUCCUUUCUUCACAUUUGAUCCCUUUGUCCUUAUUUAUGUCGUGUACAUCCACCACCACCACUGUUUGUGGUACAUUGCGCUGCUUGCAGCCUCGUCCACUGGGAUCUGCCUGUGCUUUGAGAUCCUCCAUCGGCCUGUUUUCUAGCCAAACGUGUCUGAUAAAUACUUUAACACUGGCUGUUUGAUUCUGAUUUUGACAAAACAGUUUGCUAACUUUGUACUGUAGUUUAAAAAGAAAAGGUAUAAUUUUAUACUUGGAUGUUGCAGAGCACCAACACAGAGGCAUGAAUCAAUUAUAUUGGGUAAAUUCUGCCCACAAAAUAAAGGUUGCAACAGCAACAACCUUUGUAUUAUUGGAAAGAUAGAAAUAUAUUUUUUCCUUUUUGGUACCCUAAAUGUAUCCACUAUCCAUCACUGGGGGACAGUUUUGUGUUCUAUGCACCAUGAUUGUGUUCUAUUACACAGGUUUUGCUGGAGAUUUAUUCCAUAGUUCAUUAAAAAAUAAGCUGAAAGUUCAACUGAUCAAAUGGAGCUGAAAUAGUUGUUGGGAAACAUUAUCAGUCUGCACUCUAAAUGAAUCAUUAUAUAGAAACUGUGGUGGAAGUUUAUGUUUUUUUUCAUUUGUCUACAGUUUGUCUUCUGUUAACACGCCUAAUCCAUAUUUCCUUUAGAAGUUAGGGUUUGGCCACCUGAAGUGGGCAAAAGAGAGGUGGACACCCCCCCCUCCUUAUUUUGCUUACUAAAUAUGUUUCAACCCUCAAACACCAGUAGGGAGAACAUAUUUAUUAAGAUUUAUCAUGUAAAUAAUAGUUUUGAUUUUUAAAUAAAAGCAUGUAACAUCUUUUUAGAAAUAAAGUUGAAAAGUCUA